CCCCGGGACGCGGGACGGCGGCUCUUAAAGGGGCCGCGGCGGCGGGGCCGGUGCGCGGCGCGGGCGGGCGCGGGGGGAGGGGGGCGUCAUGGCGGGGGGCGAGAACAUCUUCCUGUUCGUGCCCAACAUCAUCGGCUACGUGCGGGUGGCGCUGGUGGCCGCCGCCUUCUGCCUGAUGGGCGGCAAGCCGGGGCCGGCGGCCGCCUGCUACGUCCUCGCGGGGCUCCUGGACGCCGUCGACGGGCACCUGGCCCGGCUGCUGGACCAGGGGACCCGCUUCGGGGCGCUGCUCGACAUGCUCACGGACCGCUGCGCCUCCGUGGGGCUCCUGCUCCGCCUCGCCCUGCUCUACCCGCCCGCCGCCCCCCUGCUCCAGCUCGCCGCCGCCCUCGACGUCGCCAGCCACUGGCUGCACCUGCACAGCACGGUGCUGAGCGGCCGCGAGAGCCACAAGAGCGUCGAGGCCGGCGGCAGCCGCCUGCUGCGGCUCUACUACGGCUCGCGGACCGUCCUGUUCCUGCUCUGCGCCGGCAACGAGGGGUUUUACUGCAGCCUCUACCUGCUGCACUUCAGCGAGGGGCCGCGCG